CCAUCAUGUCGUCGGCCGCCGAGAAGAAGCCGCUGACGAGCGACGACGCGGAGCGCGGCGCGCCGGCGCUCGCGCGCACGAAGUUCCGCCUCGAGAACGUGUGCUGCGAGGGCGAGACGCGCCUCGCCAAGCGCACGCUGGCGGACGUGCCCGGCGUGGCCGACGUCAAGGUCAACGUCGUCGGCCGCGUGGCCUACGUGUCGCACCACACGGACGUGAUCACGUCCGCGGAGAUCUGCGACAAGCUCAACGGCGUGAAUUUAGGCGCGUCCGUGGAGGCCGCGGCCGCGUCCGUCGACGCGGCCCUCGACCCGCCGGACUACAAGACGCUCGGCUUCCUCGCGCUGCUCGCCGGCGCCUUCGCGGCGGGUCUAGCACUGGGCUCGGAGCGCGCGCUCCUGGGCGUCGUCGCGCUCGGGUGCCUGCCGCUCUUCCGCGACGCGGCGGGCGCGGCGGCCGGCGGCCGCCUCGACGUCAACGUCUUGAUGCUCGUCGCCGUCGCGGGCGCGCUGGCGCUCGGCGACGUCGCCGACGCGGCGACGGUCUGCGUCGUGGCCUCCGCGGCCAAGGCCGCGGAGCACGACUGCAUGCGCCGCGUGCGCAACGCGCUCGCGGAGGUCGCGUGCGGCGACGGCAGGGACGCGGCGCGGCGGCCCGACGGGUCGUCCGUCGACGCGGACGAGCUCGUCGCCGGCGACGUCGUCGUCGUGCGCGCGGGCGAGCGCGUGCCCGUCGACGGCGUCGUCACCAAGGGCAAGGCCGCCGUCGACGAGUCGAGCCUCACGGGCGAGUCCGCGCCCGUGCAAAAGGCCAAGGGCGACGGCGUGUCGCGCGGCACCGUGGCGACCCAGGGGUUCGUCGAGGUCGCAUGCUCGCGGGCGCGAGACGCCGACGGCGCCGCGGAGAUGGCGCGCCUCGUCGCCGAGGCGCAGGCGUCGACGACGCGGUCCCAGGACUUGAUCGGCAACUUCGCGGCCGUCUUCACGCCCCUCGUGCUCGCGGCGGCGAUGAGCGCGGGCGUCCUCGUCAGCGUGCGCGUCGGCCUCGUCCUGCUCGUGCUCGCGUGCCCCUGCGCGCUCGUGCUCGCGGCGCCCAUCGUCGUCGUGUCGUCGCUCGGCGCGGCGGCGAAGCGGGGCAUCGUCGUCAAGUCCGCGGCGGCGCUGGAAGCGCUGGCGGCCGUCGAUUUGGUCUGCGCGGACAAGACGGGCACGCUCACGCAGGGCCGCUGCCGCGUCGCCGCGGGCGGCUGCGUCGGCGACGACGCGGCCGCGUCGGCGCUGAGCGACGACGUCAAGCGCGUCGACGUCGUGCCCGGCGCGGGCGUCGCGGGCGACGUCGCGGGCUGCCACGUCCGCGUGGGCACGGCGGACCACUGCGAGGUCGGGCCCGACGCGGGCUGGGCGCCGCCGCCGCGCGGCGGCGCGACGACGCUCUUCGUCGACGUCGACGACGAGGUCGGCCUCGCGCUGAGCGUGCUCGACCCCGCGCGGGCCGAGGCGCCCGGCGCGCUCGCGGCGCUCCGCGCCCUGGGCCUCGGGCUCGCCGUGCUCACGGGCGACAAACGCGAGGUCGUCGACGCGGUCCUGGCCGAGAUCGGGACCCUCGCGGGCGGCCUCGGCGACGUCGACGUCCGCGCGGCGUGCACGCCCGCGGACAAGCUCGCCUACGUGCGGGCCGCGCGCGCGAAGCGGCGCGUCGUCCUCUUCGUCGGCGACGGCAUCAACGACGCGCCCGCGCUCGCCGCCGCGGACGUCGGCGUCGCCAUGGGCGCGGGCGGCACGGCCAUGGCCGUCGACGCGGCGGACGUGGCCAUCAUGACCGACGACCUCGCCUGCCUCCCGGCGGCCGUCGCCCUCGGCCAGGCCGCGACGGCGGCCAUCGGCCAGAACGUCGUGCUGAGCGUCGCCUUCAAGCUCGCCGUCGUCGCCGCGGCCUUCGCCUACGACGUCCCCCUCUGGGUCGCCGUCUCCGCGGACCUCGCGUCGCUCCUCGCCGUCGUCGCCAACGGCUCCCGGCCCAUGUGGGCGGGCCGUUAGGCUCGGCGGCGAAUGCUAACUCUCGCUCGCAUG